UGUCAACAAGGAAAAACAAAACCUUCUUCUUACAUAUGUGUACGGAUCAUGCAAAGCGCUGCACUCGAAAUAUGUUUUUACCAUAAAGUUGUGCUGUGAAAAGUUUCUGUGUAAAGUUAUUCCAUAACUCGAUCCCGUUGGCCGUUCCCUUUCGCACAUUGGUGUGUGCAUUCCUCGUGGAAACGGUCCCUAUCCCGGGCUAUCCCUGUCUACAACUGUUCCGACUUCAACUUCAUUCCACGAACAAUGCGAUAACUGCCCACAGACGACGACGCGCUGACUCUGCUGCUUUACCAUGAACAGUUACGACACGCUCGGUGGCAACGGAAGCGGUCCGUCCGGAACCGCCGCCGUAUGUCACUGGCUGAAGCACAUGAAGCUGUACCGGGUGGUGCUGAUCGUGGUGGUUUGCUCGCUAACGCUACCCUUCGUGUUCUACAAUCUGCUCGUGCACGAGGAAUCGAACGUCCAGCACAAUGACAUCCACCGGACACGCUCGCAACUCUUCACGUUCGAGGACGUGACCCCAAUGAAGGCGGCUGAUCUGAAGCUGCGCAUUGACGAGAUGCUGCGCAUGAAGGGUACGGUGUCGUUGGAACUGCGCGAUCUUGAAUCCCGCCGCCAGAAGCUACAGUCGGACAUCGGACUGUACAAUCAGAAAAUUGACGAGCUUAAGCAGGAACUCGCGCGGCAACAGACGGAGCUGGACCGGUUGAAGAUUUCCGUCGAGCAAGCACAGGUGGCUCAACGUGAAGCGGUGCUACGCAACACCCCGGAACUAGCCCUCCCUAGGGCUCUGUAUUCUGAGACACUACCGACCGACAUGCGCCCGAUCGGGGGUGAGCAGAGCCGGGCGUGUAAAAUGAGCACCUGCUUCGAUCAUUCGCGCUGCAGUCUAACGUCCGGCUUUCCGGUGUAUCUGUACGAUCCGGACACGACGUUCGUAGUUAGCGAAGGGUUCGAUAUCGACGGGUUCCUGAAGACCACCAUCAAACAAACGCUCGGUUACAAUGCGCACCUUACAACGGAUCCGAAAAAAGCAUGCGUUUUUCUCGUGCUCGUCGGCGAAGCGCUUGCGGAGCACGAAGUACUGAAGAACAAUCGCUACAACGCGGCCCUGGGAGGCUCAGACCGGUCGUCGUUGCCUGAAUCCGGCACCAUGCAGCCAUCGAGUCUUAACGUUACCCGGCUUCGACUGUUACCGUACUGGGGAGGCGACGGUCGAAAUCACGUGCUGCUGAAUUUCGCCCGCCGAGAGAUUGGCCCCGGCACGGGUAAUAUGCUGCAGGGUCGCUCGAUGGACACGGGUCGAGCCAUGCUGGUACAGUCGAGCUUCGAGGAAAGUCAAUUUCGCGUUGGCUUUGAUCUGAUUGCGCCACCCAUCCUGGGACCGCCCGGUGGAGAUGUUUGGCAGGAGUGUGCCCCGAUGCUGCCGGCCCGAAGGAAGUAUCUGCUAAGCUUUCAGGGUGAACUGCACGGCCAGAAUGGAUCACUGGGUGUGGCCGGACCGCACGGUACAGACGACACGGAAAGCGACACGGUGGACGAGUUCAUUAUCGAGCAUCUGAAGGAGAUGUCCUCGGGCAGGACGCAGGACUACUUUAUGCUGCAGUUUGAGUGUGUACCCGCCACGGAGCAGCGCAGUCCGUCGGGAUUGCGAGAGUGGUCACUCUGCGGGACGGACAACUCUCGGAAGUUCGUACUGAAGGAGUCGACCUUUGCGCUGCUGCUUGCGCCCGGCGGAGGAAGUACGAGCUCCACGUUGCUGCAGGCACGGCUUUACGAGGCGCUACGAGCAGGAGCGAUUCCGCUGGUGCUGGGAGGCGACCAGGUGCAGCUGCCGUACGCAGAAACGAUCGAAUGGAGGCGUGUGGUGAUUUCGCUCCCGAAAGCACGCAUCACCGAGCUACACUUCCUGCUCCGUGCCAUUCCGGAUGCCGAUUUGCUGAUGAUGCGCCGCCAGGGUCGGCUCGUGUGGGAACGAUACCUUAGCUCGGUACAGUCGACCGUCGAUACGAUCGUGGCAAGUCUGCGCAAUCGGCUCGGCAUUCCACCGAAACCGAUACCCUCGGUCGUAGCGCACAGCGUGUUCAACUCAUCCUUUGUCCCGCUCAAAUCCGACCCGGUAAUCGACACCGAACCGGAGGAAUCACUCGGCCCCAUCGAACCACCGUACCCUAGUCCGGCGUUCCGCAGAAACUACACGGCCACGCUGGUGCAAUCGCGCGAAAUGUGGAACGAUUGGGCCGAUCCGUUCUCGCUCUAUCCGCAGCUGCCGUUCGAUCCCGUGCUACCGUCGGACGCCAAAUUUAUCGGCUCGCACAUGGGCUUCCGGCCGAUCGGGAAGGGUGCGGGUGGUACAGGGAAGGAGUUUGGCGAAUCGCUCGGUGGCAACUAUCCACGUGAACAGUUCACGAUCGUGAUGCUAACGUACGAGCGGGAACAGGUGCUGAUGGAUUCGCUGAGCCGCCUGUACGGUCUGCCGUACCUGCACAAGGUGAUCGUCGUCUGGAACUCACCGAAACCGCCGCUGGAAGAUCUCCGAUGGCCGGACAUUGGUGUGCCGGUGCACGUCGUUCGUGCACCACGGAACUCACUCAACAAUCGCUUCCUACCGUUCGAUGCGAUCGAAACGGAAGCGGUCCUAUCGGUCGAUGACGAUGCCCAUCUGCGGCACGAUGAGAUUCUGUUCGGAUUUCGCGUCUGGCGUGAGCAUCGGGACCGGGUGGUUGGUUUCCCGGGCCGGUUUCAUGCGUGGGACGUGAAUACGCUCGACUCGUGGAACUACAACUCGAACUACAGCUGCGAGCUGAGCAUGGUGCUGACCGGGGCCGCCUUCAUACACAAGUACUACACCUAUCUGUACACGUACACGCUGCCACAGGCGAUCCGCGACAAGGUGGACGAGUACAUGAACUGUGAGGAUAUUGCGAUGAACUUCCUGGUAUCGCACGUAACACGCAAACCGCCGGUGAAGGUCACAUCCCGCUGGACGUUCCGUUGUCCGGUGUGUCCGGUGUCGCUCAGCGAGGACGACACACACUUCCAGGAGCGCCACAAGUGCAUCAAUUUCUUUACCAAGGUGUUUGGAUACACACCCUUACUCAACACGCAGUACCGGGCCGAUUCGAUCCUGUUCAAGACGCGAAUACCACACGACAAACAGAAAUGCUUUAAAUUUAUCUAAAUCUUGUUCCAAAAUCGAUCAACCAUGAAUUUAUCACCACCAUCGGUCACCGAUCGGUCGUCACUCCGUCCAUCGUCCUGCUCGACACCAGGGCGAUGUCAGUAGCGGUAUCUAACCGGAACAAAACACACACACACACAUACAGUUACUACUAGGGGAUAUUGAAUAGUCACAAUCUGUGCAUACCACGCGUACGUUACGUUAUUGCUACGUAUAUGGCCCAUCACCCAAAGCGGAUGCCAUGAAGUAGAUGUAGUUCAGUUUUAGGACGUUUAGCUUUUAGCAACACUAUGCGUGUGACUCUGGUGCUGUGCGUUUGCCAGUGGUAAAGACGUACCUGCUUUUCUACGGUACGGGCAGGAUAGAAGCGCAUCGCGUUAUAGUUUUGCAAAGCAACUCUUAUUCCACUCCCAAUGAACCAUCUCAUUGGGGGGUAGUUCGUAAAGAUUAGCAUAAUCCGUACUCUUAGGUUAGCCGAAAAGAAGGAAGAAAAAAAAUGCAAGCAGCUAGGAGAUAAUUUUUAACACAAACUCAUCGGAUUGCAAUAUAGUUUUUACCGGUACGACUGAAACGAGCAAUCGAGCAUUAAGAGAUAAUGUAGCUUAUAGCGGGAACAGGCACCAGUAAGUAGCAACACAAGUCGUCAGCUUGCGUACGUUUUGCUACCACGAUGUAGUUUAAGUUUUGUGUUUGUUUGUCGUGCGUUACCUAGUCCGGUUAGCUUCGGUUCCGAUGCAUUGCGUUGGAGACGUUGGGUUUUAUCGUCUAGUUUAGAGCUUUAAGAAACAAAGCGAUGCGGUUGUAUCAGUUGUACUCAUUUUCGGUUGUAAUCAUAUGCUCUGCACUGAGAAAAGACUAAUAUAAAAUGACAGGUAUACUGUGGGAAAA